AAACUUUCACCCAUCAACGCUGGUUUGAAAAACGUAAAGUACACCCUAUUUAGUCAAUGCACUCUCUGUAUGGUACCCGCCUUGCGCACCAGCAGUGGCGGUUUGCCGGUCGCGGUCUGCAGUGCUCUUGCGAUCGAUGGUUUAUGCUCACUCGUCAAAGCUACUGUCAUUGGAAGUUUAAGAAGGACUAGUGUACAUACAUUGGUAACGGUAGCAUUAAUGUGAAGAAAGAGAAAAGUGUGAAACAGUAAGAUAUUAUUUACAACAUAGCUGUGUUGUUAAAGCUUUCUAAUAUAAAUACACUGUACCCGGUUAGCUACACACACCACUGCAUGCACCACACUAUUGUUAGGUACAUGCGCAAUAAAGUUUUACUCGGGGAUUCCCCAUUUUGUCCGUGCUUAUGUGUGCGCAUCAGCCAUAAAUAACCACCACCACUACCGAAAUUCCCCGACCUUCGCAAUCGACGAUGUGCAAUUGUAAAAACUCGCAAAAGGAACUGGUCAUAACUGUUCUGCACUUCCGUCGUAACUGACAAGGGGAAGCAAGAUGGCCUCAACAAUGAUGCCAUUUCAUCUAAUACACCUAGAACAAUGGGUAUCAGAGCGUCUGUGUAUUUCUGGGGGAAGCCUCGACCUGAUUGCUCUAAAGGAUGCCAUGGACCAUGACAACGUGAUGCUGGAAAUGUCAUUGACCUCUCUUCAAAGAUUCUUAAAGGAGUCUCCUCACAAAAUGUUCAGACUGGACGAAGAUGCCAAACAUGAUAAGUGCACGGUCAGGAUAAAGACGGCUGCAGACUGGUGUGAUCAGUACAACCCCAAGAAUAGCGAUGGCUGUCAAGGUUGUGAGGAUUUUCAUCUCUGUAAACACUUUAUCUCAGGGGGAUGUAAGCGUGGUAGGAAGUGUUUCUGGCCACAUCAGCUCUGGGGUAUACCACACAAUGAGAGAGUCUUGAGGUUGAACGGAUUGGACCACCUUCAAGAUGCGCAUGUAAUGCAGAUAUUAAAGCAAAGCUGGCUUGAUAUCACUGUACCAGAUGUAUGCAAUUACUACAGUACCAAGGGAUGUGAUGCAAACAAGUGUAAACAUCUGCACAUUUGUUGUCAUUACAUUACAGGAGAUUGUAAAUUCAACACAAAGUGUCGAUACUCACAUGAUGUCAAAGAUAAGCAGCCAAUAAGUGUAUGGGAAGAGUAUGGUAUCAAUGCUGCCUCAAUGAGUCCAGGAGAGUUGCUUCGCAUGGUCCGGGAGAAGAAGCAAUUAGAACCUGCAGAGGUGACGGAGAAGCAAGCUCGUCUCCCAGACAUCUGUAUACAUUACAACCGGAGAUCCUGCAAAAAAGGAGAAACCUGUCCCUUUUUACAUGUCUGUAGAUCAUUUGUUAGAGGAGAAUGCAAGGAUGAGUGCAUAUUCUCACAUGAUCUUAAAAAUCCAAACGCUUUGCAAGUCUGGCAGAAACGUGGGGUUGAUGCAAGAAACAAGACUAUACAAGAACUGGUUUCCAUGAUUCAGGGUCACAAGAAGAUGGACGGAGAAAAUAAGAUCCAACGAAGAAGACUUACUUCCCUUGGAGAAGCACCUGAGGAAAAACAAGACAAGAGUGAGAUAUGCGAGUACAAACUACGAGGCAAGUGUUACUUUGAUGAAGGAUGUCGUAAAGUUCACUGUGAGCAGAAUUUUCAGUGGCAGUACAGUGAUGACAACCAAUCAUGGACCAGUUGGAAAGACGAUGUCAAUGUUGCCAUAGAAACUGUUUUUUGUGACAUAACAAGAAAAAACACUGGAUCACCGACUUCUUGCAUUGACUUUAAGACAAUGAAAUGGACCAACUCCUCAGGUGUGAGUUCAGUUCGUCGUCUCGAGACACCAGUGCCUAAACCUUCAGAUUCGCCUUUAUCCUGGCAGACAGUGCUGAGUACAAAAUGGCAAUGGUAUUAUCUGGACGAAGGACCUGUCUGGGUUCUGUAUGCUCAGAAUAUGGAAAUCGAGAGAGCAUACCAAAGUUAUAAAACAACUGGAGAAACUAAGAGGUUCAAGUUUGAGACAGCAUCAUUUAAAUAUUCACUGAAUUUUACAAGUAUGAGGCAGACAAACUUGGUAUCUGGUACAAAGAGGGAAGCUCGAAGGCGACCUGCUCAACUUUCCACUAAAGACAUGUUGGAAAAGUGUCUCAAGAAAACACAGGUUUUGGCAACAAUUCUGCCGCAGUCUUGGAACACACUUAAGCAGCCCGCUAACCCAAGUGACAACUUUGUCCUGUGCGAGGUUCAACCUGAUAUUCAUAAGGCUGAGUAUGACAAGGUGCAGGAGCACUUUGCUGCCACUAUGGAUAAAAGGUUGAUCAUAAAGAUAGAAAGAGUACAGAACAUCGAAGCAUGGGAUGAGUUUGUGAGGAAGCGAGAUAAAAUGAAGGAAAACCACAAAGACCACAACAAUGCCAAAGAAGAACUUCUCUUCCACGGCACAAGAAAGGCUUUCAUUAAAGCAAUCUGCCAGCAGAACUUUGAUCCUCGAGUUAGCGGCUCCAAUGUGGGAACAAAGUACGGUCAAGGCAGCUACUUUAGUAAGACCUCUGUGUACUCGGACUGCUAUGCUGAAGAGACAGACAAAGGUACAAAGCAAAUGUUUCUGGUUCGAGUCCUAGUUGGAUCCUACACUCUUGGAAAUCCAUCGUAUAGACGACCACCCUUCAAAGAUGCAUCCAAACAUAGCAGUCUAAUGUUCGACUCUUGCGUGGAUAGCCUCACCAAUCCAACGAUUUUUGUCACUUUUAAUUCGUGUCAAGUCUAUCCUGAGUACAUGAUUACUUACAAAAGGAAAUGAGACACUGUCUGUAAUGCAAUCGUCAUCUUGGUCUAAUUUAAUAACAGACCCAUCUUUUGUAAAUCUCCACAGGGUUUUUCAUCCUCCAUUUUAUGUGAACAGCGUCUCUGCAAUGGUAAUCGGAUUAUUUAGAUAAUGCCAUAUUGUAAUGAAAUCAAGUGCCUUAUAGUUAAAUUGUACAUAUAUGCAAAUUGUAGUUGAGUUAAUAAAAUACAGACCUGACGUACUUGAAGUAAACCAGGCCUGAAGUUGUUAAAUGGCCUUGAAGCCAUUGGACCCUUUCAGUACUGAAAAAAAAAAAAAAAGUUCACAGAUUUACAAAUAAUUUACA